CUCUCUCCACAUUUACAUACAUGUAUGCAUAUACUAUAGUUGUUUUGUGGGCUGGACACGUGUAUACAUGUGGGAUCGAAUCUUUUCAUUGGGAGAACUUGAUUUGUGUUUGUUAUUGGAAUAAAAUUGAGUUCUUUUAGUGGGUUAGUUGUCUGGAAUCAGAUGAAUUUGGAUUGAAUGCAAUCGAAAUGUUAUGGGUUUUUAAUUUUGUUCUCCAUUUAGUAUUAGUUGUGUGAUAGAAGUUGAAGAUUGCUCUCUGUUAUUUCAUUUCCCGGAGUGAAGCUAGUCUUAAGGCAACCAUGAAUCGGCUUGCUGGUGUUGCGCGCCUAAUGAUAGUCUCAGAUCUUGAUCAUACAAUGGUUGACCAUCAUGAUCUUGAUAACCUCGCUCUACUCAGGUUUAACGCUUUGUGGGAGUCCAAUUAUCGUAAUAAUUCCUUGUUAGUGUUCUCCACUGGAAGGUCACCUACACUGUACAAAGAAUUAAGGAAAGAGAAGCCCUUGUUGGUCCCAGAUAUCACAAUAAUGUCUGUGGGAACAGAAAUAACAUACGGUAACUCUAUGAUACCAGAUGGUGGUUGGAUUGAAAUUUUAAAUCAGAAAUGGAACAGGAAUGUAGUUUCAGAAGAGACGAAAAAAAUUUCUGAACUUACUCUUCAGUCUGAGACAGAGCAACGACCCCACAAAGUAAGCUUCUACAUUCAGAAAGACAAGGCAGAGGACAUAAUGAAAGUUCUUUCUACACGUUUGGAAGAACGCGGGUUGGAUGUCAAAAUAAUCUACAGUGGAGGAAUGGACUUGGAUAUCCUGCCACAAGGUGCUGGCAAAGGGCAAGCACUUGCUUAUCUGCUAAAAAAAUUCAAGGCUGAGGGUAAUUUGCCUCAUAAUACACUUGUUUGUGGCGACUCGGGAAAUGAUGCCGAACUAUUUAGCAUUCCAGAUGUACACGGUGUCAUGGUCAGCAAUGCUCAGGAAGAAUUGUUACAGUGGCAUGUUGCUAAUGCAAAAGAUAAUCCAAAAAUAAUUCAUGCAACAGAGAGAUGUGCCGCUGGUAUUAUACAAGCCAUUGGUUACUUUAACCUGGGUCCCAGUAAAUCUCCUAGAGAUGUCACGGAUUUAUCCGACUCUAAGAUGGAGAAAUUCGAUCCUGCUUAUGAAGUUGUGAAAUUUUACUUGUUUUAUGAGAGAUGGAGACGUGCAGAAGUUGAGAAUUCUGAGCUUUAUUUCGCUAAUCUGAAGGCAGUUUGUUGUCCAUCAGGCAUUCUUGUCCACCCCUCUGGCAUCGAGCAAUCUCUUCAUGACUGCAUAAACUCAUUGAGACAAUGUUAUGGGGACAAACAGGGGAAACAAUUUUGGGUUUGGGUGGAUCAGGUUUUAUUUUCACAGCUUGGUUCGGACUCAUGGCUAGUGAAUUUCAAGAAGUGGGAGCAAUCUGGUGAAGAACGGAAGGGUUGUCUGACGACUGCUGUAUUAAGUUCAAAAGAUGUGACUGUUGCAAAAGGGCUCACUUGGCUUCAUGUCCAUCAAACAUGGUUGAAUGAAGCAGGUUCAAGCAAUGGAAUUUCCUGGUUAUUCUAGAUCGCACCCUCAGCUCAACACCGGUAUUCUACCAUCUGAUGUGUUUUCUCAGAAUAAAUGCGAAGUCACAAUAUAGCUAUCAUACUUCUUGUACUCCUCCUUACAUUGAUAUUUCAUGUAUCACUCCCAACUGCACGAGAAUGGCUUCAUUCUCCAUUAUAUACGAUUUUCUUUUAAAUUACUAGCAAGAUACUCUCUUUAAGAUCACUUCACUUUGUAUGUCCCGCUUUUGACAUAUCUGAAGACGGGAUCAUCGAGCUAAUGGUGGAUUUUCAAAACAGCCUCAGAUAGAUUCAAUUAUAUAGUAGAUUGAAAUGCAAAAGUAGAACAAUUCAUGGAAUUAGUAUGCAUUAUAUUAGGGAGAUGAGAUGAAAUUCAAGGGAUCA